AUGUCUGGCAUGUUCCAGAACUACGUUGAUCGUCCUCUGGACGGAAGUGAGGGCCGCGGUGCCCUAGGCAUGGGUCAUCAAGGAGCCACUGGUCUCACCACUUUCUUCCAGUUCUGGUGUUAUGUUACCCCCAUCAUCGGUGCCAUCGUCGCUGAUCAGUACCUCGGUAAAUACAAGACCAUCGUGGUUUUCUGUAUCAUCUACCUGGUCGGUUUACUCAUCUUGGUUUGCACGUCCAUUCCGACCGCUCUUCACCAUGGAGCCGGUGUUGGUGGCUUCAUUGUGUCUAUCCUGAUCAUCGGUCUGGGAACGGGUGGUAUCAAGAGUAACGUUGCUCCUCUGAUUGCCGACCAGUACAAGCGCAAGAAGAUGGCCAUGUCCACCACCAAGAAGGGUGAGCGGGUUGUCAUUGACCCUUCCCUCACGAUUCAGCGCAUUUACAUGAUCUUCUACGGCUGUAUCAACGUGGGAUCGCUGUCUCUCUUGGCCACUCCUUACAUGGAGAAGUACAUUGGCUUCUGGUCUGGUUAUCUGCUUUGCUUGUGCAUGUUCGCCGUCGGUACCAUGGUGCUUAUCUUCGGCCGCAAGUACUACGUUGUCCGCCCUCCCCAGGGCUCCAUUAUCACCGACGCCUUCAAGGCUCUGUGGAUCAUGGUUGUCAACCGCAACAUGGAUGCCCCCAAGCCCAGCUGGCAGGCGGCCAACAACGGCACAAGAACCAACCUCCCCUGGGAUGAUCACUUCAUCGACGAGCUCAAGCGUGCGUUGGUCGCUUGCCGUGUGUUCUGUUUCUACCCGAUCUACUGGGUUGUUUACGGCCAAUUCUCUAGCAACUUCGUCACCCAGGCCGGUCAGAUGGAGGGUCACGGAAUCCCGAACGACUUGAUGCAGAACUUUGAUCCGAUCUCCAUCAUCGUCUUCAUCCCCGUCCUGGAGACCCUUGUCUACCCCCUGCUGCGUCGCUUGCGCAUUCGCUUCCGUCCGAUCACCCGUAUCUCCCUGGGUUUUGUUGUUGCCUCCUUGGCGAUGAUGUACGCGGCCAUUGUCCAGCACCUCAUCUACUCCGCUGGGCCCUGCUACGAGCACCCCGGAUGUGCUGCUUCGGAGGUUGAUGGGUCCACCACCGGCAACCACGUGCACAUUGCCAUUCAGACGCCUGCCUAUGUGUUCAUUGGUCUGUCUGAGAUUUUCGCGUCGGUGUCUGGAUUGGAGUAUGCCUACACCAAGGCUCCUCCGUCGAUGAAGUCCUUUGUGCAGUCCAUGUACCUGCUCACCAACGCCUUUGGUUCCGCUCUGGCCGAGGCACUGACCCCUGCUGCCUAUGACCCGGCCAUCAUGUGGAUGUUCGUGGGUCUGGCUUGCGCCUCCUUCGUUGCCGGUAUCAUCUUCUGGCUGGUGUACCACCACCUCAACGACCAGGAAGACCAGCUCAAUGCGCUCGACGCCGACGAUCCGGAUGCUCCUGCCGCGCCCCCGGCCUAUAAGGAGAAGAAGGAGCAAGAGCACUGA